GCCGGGAGGAGGAGGAGCGGCGGACGGGCCCGGGGCGGCCCCGGGUAGGGGACUCCGUGAGGGGGCCCUGCAGGGGUGGAGCCUUAAGGGACGGCGGCAAUACAGCGAGGGAACGGAGGGGGUGCUGGGUGGCACCUCCGGGUCUCCUUUACAAAAGACCCUUUGGUAAUCUGGGCGCUGAGAUUUGGGAGAAGUCUGUUGAACAGGGAGGGCUUUGCCUGAGCCCCCCCGGCCUGCUCUGCUUGGCCAGAGGUGCACCUGCAGGACACCGUCCCCCAGGAGCGAAGAGCAGGGUGCGGGGAGGGGCACGAGGCUACCCCGGGUCGGGGAGCACAGCACCAGCCGGGGCUUAGAGAGGGACAGCUGCCGGAGCUCUAAAGGUUUCGUAAGGUCACGGGACUCGCGAUGUUUUCCUUUGGCGUUGCUGAUAAUAGCGCGGUGGAUGAUUCAGUCGGUAUAACCCAUCACUAGAGAGCAGUUUGAAUCGGGAGAGCUUUAAAGAACCAGAAAACCCCUGUUGCCCCACGCUUUAUUGUCACGUCAAACAGGAGACUGUCGGGUAUAAUGCCUGAGAGCGGACUUUGCCCUCUGUUUAUACCAUGAUUUCAUCUUUGCGUCGGGGAAGGUAAACAACGCAGAGCGGAGGCACAGAUACCGCUCUGCCUGGCGCGUGGGUGUCCACAGGCUUCGUGGCUACAUUUCAAGUGCAGAGAACUCUGUGUGUGAAUAUAUAUAUAGGUGCAGAUAUAUUAUUUAUGCACACCUCUCCUUCAAGCUGCACGCACUACAGCCCUCGUUGUAAGCUGGAUGUUUUUCCAUCUCCUUCCAAGCUUUGCACAUUAGGGCUACUCAUCUGUGAGCUGCACACAGCAGUGCUUAUCUCCCAGCUCAUGCCGAGGACUGUGUGCAUACACACACAUGCAGUACACCAGAUGAGAAUUGCCUCGAAAGUACAAUACAAUAAAAGGGAAAUUAGCCUCAGUAAUAUCAUUUCUUGUCAAAGCUUGGUCCUGUUCAGCAUUCCCUGUAUUUUGUUAUUUAUUUACUUAAAUAUAUAUUUUUUCAUUUCAGUUUUGUAUUCAUUUUCAAAUCAAAUUUCCACUCCCCCAAAACCAGGCUGGAUUUGGAAUGCAUAGGUUAAUGCUGUUUCAGUCAUUGAGUUGGCUCGUGCUUAAAAUAAAAUAGGCAAAUGUCACUGUAGGAGUGAACUCUGCCACAAAGAUAGCGCGCUGAUGCUGCCACGGCAUUUCCUGGUACCGUCAUAGUAAGCGUUAGUGGGUUUUCUCAACUUCUCACCAACUUCCCUUGUUGGAAAAAAAAGAAUGCUACAAAACAGAGGUGCAUUAAUAUUAAUAACUAGAGCGUCUAUUAUUAGCUCUAUACAGUGAGGUAAUACCACUGAUGUAAUUUUCAGAGAGACAGUUAAACAACAUGUCUCAGAACUGUGUGGUUUUUUAUUAUGGUUCCGUGGAACUAUAACUUUGAUUAAGAAGUGCUGAGUUAAGCUAAAAGCAAUCUCCAUAAAAACAAAACACAACUGUUUCUGUCCUUAAUUAAUUAUUUAAUAGAUGUAAAAAGCGAUACUUUCUCAGCCUUCCCUGGAGGUAUGAUGGGUGUGAAACAAACAAACAUGCACUGAUAGUAAGGCAAAGGGUUCAGUCUCCCUUUAGGCUUUUCAGAGCUGUUCAUAUCCCUGCAGAUACACCUUUUUGGCUCAAGGGCAGCUGUGAAGGCUGCUCCAUGCUCUGGUCUGUUGCCAGAGGUGUUGUGGUGUCAGGAAAUCCCCACUGCAUGUGAGUGAGGAAGAUACACAGCAUUCUGUAGUUAAACUAAUGGGUGCUUAAUAGUUUGUUCCUGCUGUACUACUGCUUUUUGCUGUUUCUUUGUAGUUGCAGCUUUGUGACUGAGCCUGUCACCUUAAGACAAUGCGGUCAAUCAUAAAGCAGGUUUAUUAUACUCAGAUUGUUUGGGGAAUAUGGAUUACUAUCAGUUGUUUGCUGCGUGCUGGCACGUUGCAAACUGCCUGUGUCACCUCCUGAGUGGUAAGUCUACCUUUUAAUAGCUAAUUUGUCUUGUGGGAUGAAUAAUUUACCGUUAUUUUUCCUUCAGUCCUCUAGGGUCUGUUAUGCAGUUCCUCACUAUUCUGUACUGCUCCUAUCACACAAUGUCAGUAAACUUUAGUUCUUGGUCGUUUCAGGGGAACAUUCACACACUCCUUCACAGCAGCACCAAACAAAAGAAAACCCAUAAUCCUAUUAUAUGACAAUCAACAUCUGAUGUUCAGGUAGAGACUUGACCUUUGGAAUCAAAGUGAUCAGUUUUUUAGACAUUCUGGAAGCUUUAGUAAGAGAACCUUCAAUGUUCAAAGGGCCGCAACUCAGACAGGUUCCCAAGCGCCUCCUCCGCUCGGCUCGGCUCGGCUCGGCUGGGCUGGGCUCGGCCCUCCCGGUGAGGACACAAGAUGGCCGCCGACCCCCCACCGAGCCGCGUGUCUCCCUAGCAACAGAGCUGCGCCUUUGCCGCCAGCGCAACGGAAGUCCCGCCCCCUGAGCGUCCCGGUUGCUAUGGAGCGGCGCCGGAAAGGGAGGAGUCGGGCGCGGCUGGCGCAGGUUGAUUCCACUUUGGGAUAAUGGCAGGAAAAGUGAAGUGGGUAACUGACAUAGAAAAAUCAGUUCUAAUAAACAACUUCGAAAAAAGAGGCUGGAUUCAGGUAGCAGAAAAUGAGGACUGGAAUUUUUAUUGGAUGAGUGUACAAACAAUCAGGAAUGUUUUCAGCGUGGAAACUGGUUACCGCCUUUCUGAUGACCAAAUUGUCAACCAUUUCCCCAAUCACUAUGAACUGACCAGAAAAGAUUUGAUGGUAAAGAAUAUCAAACGAUAUAGGAAAGAACUUGAGAAGGAAGGAAGUCCUCUUGCAGAAAAGGAUGAAAAUGGAAAAUAUAUUUAUUUGGAUUUUGUUCCAGUAACUUUUAUGCUUCCUGCUGAUUAUAAUCUCUUUGUUGAAGAAUUCAGAAAGAAUCCCUCCAGCACUUGGAUUAUGAAACCUUGUGGUAAAGCUCAGGGAAAAGGAAUAUUUCUAAUCAAUAAACUGUCUCAAAUUAAAAAAUGGUCUCGAGAUAGCAAAACAUCCUCGUUUGUAUCUCAGUCUUCCAAAGAAGCCUAUGUAAUUUCUCUCUAUAUCAAUAAUCCAUUACUAAUCGGGGGAAAGAAAUUUGACCUUCGUCUGUAUGUUUUGGUAUCUACAUAUCGCCCACUGAGAUGUUACAUGUAUAAACUUGGAUUUUGCCGAUUUUGCACAGUAAAAUAUACACCAAGUACAAGUGAAUUGGAUAACAUGUUUGUACAUCUUACAAAUGUUGCCAUUCAGAAACAUGGGGAUGAUUACAAUCAUAUCCAUGGAGGGAAGUGGACAGUGAGUAACUUGCGCCUGUACCUGGAAAGCACCCGUGGAAAGGAAGUUACAAACAAAUUAUUUGAUGAAAUUCACUGGAUAAUCGUGCAGUCACUAAAGGCUGUUGCGCCUGUAAUGAAUAAUGAUAAACACUGCUUUGAGUGCUAUGGAUAUGACAUUAUCAUUGAUGACAAGCUUAAGCCAUGGCUAAUCGAGGUUAAUGCUUCCCCUUCUCUUACUUCCAGUACGGCUAAUGAUCGCAUCUUGAAGUAUAAUCUUAUUAAUGACACACUUAACAUUGCUGUGCCUAAUGGGGAAAUUCCGGACUGUAAAUGGAAUAAAUCUCCACCUAAAGAGGUCCUUGGCAAUUACGAAGUCUUAUACGAUGAAGAGAUGGCGCAAAGUGAUGGAUCGGAUCGUGACUUGCGAAGUCGUUCUGGGCAAUCCACUGGAACAAAAGGAAAUCGUGGGAGAGAUUCAGGAAAGCCUGUACUAACCACCUGGAAAUAAUGAUUAAGCAGAACAGCUCCCUGUUGACAGCAUCACGGGAAAAACGUGUUCAUGAACAGAUUUCUCUAUUUUGCUGUGUUGUAUGAGGGAAGCAAUCAAAGAAAACAGUACAGCCUUUGAAAAUAAGUGAAAUGAGCACUCCAAAUACAGGAUCUUUAUAAUACAUGCACUGACUUGCCAAUUAUAAUAAUCAUACACAUGCAUGUACAUAUACUUAAAAUGUAUAAUAUAUGUAAUUAAUUUAAUACAAGAAUAUUUGUGCUUGCAAUAGUUCUCUGAAAGCAAUGAAUUCUAAAUUCUUAGAAGCAUCUCUGUUCAGACCAUGGAGAAGCCAGUAUUCUCUCAGUAAUUAUUAUGAGGUUUCUUUAUAAAGAUGACAUUUAAAACUGUUCUGAUAUACAGAGCAACAAGAAGUCUACUAUUAGUUAUUUUCUCUAGUAGCUCAUCUCUACAUUCCUGUAAUAAAAGAGAUACAGAUUAUGGGUAAGAGUGGUAGUGGUGAGCAUCGAUAUUGUCACAAUAGUGGUUAAGCUUCUUGCUUGGAAAAGAAGGUAACAAGAGGAAACAGCAGUAUAUGGAGUUGAGGCUAUUGUCAAUUAAAGUGGCUAAUUAUUUACAACCAGUCUUAAGUACUGGAAAAGUAAUCUUUACAUGCAGGGCUUUUUGUCUGUUUUUUUGCUUUGGGUUUUUUGUUUAGUUUUGUUUUGCCUUUAAAUAUUUUUGAGCUGAUAAUUCUUUAAAAGUAGAAAGUAUUCAUGUAAACAGGGAAUGUUUCAGGUAGUUUUUGAUGCAUUAUUUGGCUAGCCAUUAGUUUUUACUGUAAGGUAAUUCGUCUUUGGAAAAUCAGGCAGAAUAUUUAUAUACUGUAAUAAAUCUCAUUGCUUGAGAAUGGCUCUAAAUUGACUGGAUGUAAAUCUUGCACUACAAUUUCUUUGUGUAUUUACAUGUAUAAGUACUUCCGUGACUUUUUGUAUGUUUUGUAUGUGCUACCACAAAAAUAUUGUUGCAUGUGAUAAACUAUUUCUAGGUCUGAUACCAAAAGUUGUGACGAUUAGAUGCCAAAACGUAUAGAGCAAAAGUUAAAAAUAGGUAUUUUGGUCUUCUAACAGCAUAGUAUGUAAAUUAACUAGCUGGGUCUAUCAGUGGCUACUUUCACUUGUGUGUCCGCCAGUUGCUGAGCUGUAACUUAUAAUAUCAUCUUGAUGUGCAGCUCUGAUAAUCUUUUUUUCAUCAUUUUUUCUCCCUCCUCAGUUGUCCCCCACUCCCCCUUUUCUCUUUUGAGAGAAAGACAAAAGGAUGCUUAAAGUUACGAAUAUCUGUGUACCUGUAAUAAACCCUAACCUGGCUAUCACUAAGGCAGUAAUACUCAAUUUCUCCCUGUCACAGCAAGUGAAAUGCUUUUCACCUUUCUGUGUGGCGGGGCUGCAUGAGUGCAUUGUAAACCUAGCCUCUCCCAAUGCCCUUAAACAUGAUCUGAGAUUCAUCCUUGCAAUAAAGAAUGAAAUACGUGGACUGAA